AUGGAAACUCGCUCGGCUGCUCGGGGCGCUCGUGCCACCAACGCACUCAACUUUAAGAGUGGUUUGUCUCUGUGGUUGGUGAUUUGGCUGUUGGCAUGCCGCUGUGUGCCAGGGCAGGCCUGUCCCAGGCUGUGUGUGUGUUACCCUACACCGAUGACUGUCAGCUGCCAGUCUCAGAACUACACAACUGUCCCUGCUGGUGUUCCCUACGACUCACAGCGUGUUUUCCUGCAGAACAACCGCAUCACUGAACUAAGAGCAGAUUCCUUUGGUUUUGAGACACAGGUCCUGUGGCUUUACUCAAACAACAUCUCGUGGAUCGAGGCUGGUGCAUUCAGUAACUUGCGUGUGUUGGAAGAAUUGGACCUUGGCGACAACCCAUCAUUAAGGCAACUGGACGGAGGGGCAUUCCGUGGCUUGGAGCGGCUGCAGAGCCUUCACAUGCACCGCUGCAAACUUAGUGAACUCCCCGCUGACUUAUUCCACAAGCUCUACAGCCUUCAGUUCCUCUACCUGCAAGAGAACCAACUCACACACCUCCCUGAUGGGCUCUUCUCUGACCUGGUCAACCUUACCCACCUCUUCCUCCACGGCAACCGCAUACGUGCACUGUCUGAAAACGCCUUUCGCGGUUUGGUCAACCUGGAUCGUCUUCUUCUCCACGAUAACCGCAUUCGACAGGUGCAUCGCAGGGCUUUCCGUGACUUGGGGCGUCUAACCAUCUUGUACCUAUUCAAUAAUUCCCUGCAGGAGCUCCCCGGUCAGGUGCUGCGUGAUACGUCAUCCGUGCAGUUCUUGCGCCUUAACGGUAACUCCUGGAGUUGCGGCUGUGAAGCACGUUCGCUGUGGGACUGGUUCCGCAAGGCACGGGUUUCGAGCUCUGAGCUGGCCUGCACAAGUCCAUCGCAACGUCGUGGGCAGGACCUGCGAUUCUUGCGUGAGUUGGACUUUGCUCUUUGCCCACUGCCUGACCCCGGUUCUCUGGCCGGUACCACCACCACCACCUUCAGUACCAAGACCCGCUGGUGGUUCUCCAAGCACAAACCUGUCGCUUCCUCAAAAGGCAUCUUCCACAAGAGCAGUGAGACAAUUAAGGCUUUCCCCUUCACCGCUGUCAAACCUGGUCUCCCACCUUCCUCCUCUUCUUCUUCAAAAUCAUCCCCAUUUGUUUCUAAAUAUGAGCUAGCGGCAGAAGAGGCAGCCCUACCAAAGCUGGAGCCAGAAGAAUACUGGUCAAACUAUGGCAGUGAGGAUGCGUCUAUCCGUUGCUAUGAGCUUGAGUGUCCGCCAGGAUAUGACUCACCGACUCUCCCUUCAUCCUCUUCUCCUUCGUUUCUUUCUCUCCUCUCUGUUUCUAUACUUACUCUCACUGUGCAUCUGCUCUUCGGCUGA